AUGAUCACUUCCAAGGUUGAUACUUCUGCGGAGUUGGUGCCUCAGGCAGAGACACGUCAUUCGUUGCCCAGUGGGGUUUUCGGCGUCAGAGCAACCUCGUCAACAAACGUUCUUCCCUGCCCCACGCUGUCAAAGUGUCAAAUACUCGGUGACAAUGACAUCGUAAGUACUUCUGUCGCAUACAGUCGAACUACUUCUUACAUUUUUCUUUUUUUCUUUAGCAAUAUCUUACAGAUCCCGUUUCGCCGCUCUCACGCAGUCUCGUUGUCGGAUGCGAUCACGCAGUACAUUUCCUCCAAAUAUGAUCAACGCCCGGAUAUGUUCGCGGAUGAUCUGAUGAUUAUUGAUCGUUUGCGAACCGAGGCUAUUAAUGUACAGGAACCGCAUGUUAGCGGUAUCAGCCGAUUGGUAACAUAUGCGGCGCAGUUGAAGUGGCUUGGUGGAAAGUUUCCAGUUGAUGUUGGCGUUGAUUUUGCUUGGUACCCUGCAUUUGGGUUCAAUGCAUCAAGGCCUGUAUCCCAGAAUAAUAUCCGCUUCGAACUCGCGAAUAUCCUUUUCAAUUUAGCUGCUCUAUACUCCCAACUCGCUUAUGCGCUGAAUCGAACGACCGCGGAUGGACUGAAGCAAGCAUGCAAUUACUCGUGCCAGGCUGCUGGAGUCCUGGCCCACCUCCGUACCGAUAUUCUUCCUGACCUACGUGCCUCACCUCCGGAAGAUAUGGACGAAAUGACACUGCAGAGCUUGGAACAGCUGCUACUAGCUCAGGGCCAAGAGUGUUUCUGGCAGAAAGCUGUUAAGGACGGGCUGAAGGAUGUCUCUAUUGCGAGACUCGCCGCGAAAGUUUCCGACUUUUAUGGCGAUGCAGGUGAUUUGGCUGUCAAGUCGAACGCUAUUAGCACGGAUUGGAUCCACCACAUGACUGCCAAAAAUCAUCACUUUGCUGCUGCUGCACAAUUCCGACAGUCGCUUGACUGUUUGGAGAAGCGAAAAUAUGGCGAGGAGGUCGCGCGGUUACGGGAUAGCUUGAAUUGUGUUAAUGAAGGUCUCAAGGAGUCGCGUUGGGUUAACCGCACGGUGCUCGGGGAUUUGAAUGGGCUGAAGAGUCGCGUGGCUGAAGAUUUAAAGCGCGCAGAAAAGGACAAUGAUAUGAUUUAUCUCAGUCCCGUUCCUCCCAAGUCUGAGUUGAAAUCAAUUGAUCGUGCUAGCAUGGUUGCUGCCAAGGCACCUUCGCAGGUUACAGAUGCUAUUUCAAUGCUCGGCAGUCAAGGCCCACUUGGACUCCCACUUUUCGCCAAAUUGGUUCCCUAUGCAGUGCAUAUUGCGGCUAGCAUUUACACCGAUCGUCGAGACCGACUGAUCAAUGAAAGUCUCGUUGGAGAGUUGGAAUCUAUGACUGACAAGCUUCGGGAUUUACUUUCCUCGUUGAACUUGCCGGGAUCUUUACAAGCUUUGGAGAAGCCCCUGGGACUUCCUCCUACCUUAGUCUCCCAUGCUGAGGAGAUGCGUCAGCAGGAUGGGCUGAACCGCCUGCGACGAUCUGUCGAGGACACAGCUAAAGUCAAAUCCAACGACCGUACCAUUUACAAUGAAGGCGUGGAGUUGUUAGCGGCUGAAAAGGCUGAAAACGAUGCAGCAUGUCGCAAGUAUGGCACAGAUCGAUGGAAUCGUGAACUUUCAGAGAAGGCAAAUUCUAAGAUUUACACCACUUUGAAAGAGAUCAAUGGCUACUUCACAUCUGCGCAGAGCAGCGAUGAACUUGUCGAUCGCAAGCUUCGUGACUCGGAGUCUGUGUUCCUCGUUCUCACUGGAACGAACCGAGACCUUGAGUCCUAUGUUCCCAGCAGCCGUAGGGCUACUAUCCCCCCCAGAGUUGGAAAGAGAGCAUUGAAGGACAAGGCUCGGGCUGAUGAUAUUCACCCAGCUCUUCUCAAUGAGACCGCUCGGCUGGAACGCGAGUUCCCCAUGCAGGCCAUCCAAGCAAGCCAAUUCGAGGAUUUGUUCGAAGAGCAACUCCGAUACUAUAAUUCAGAUCGAGACAUGCUUACUCAAGAACAAAAGGAGCAGGAUCAGCUGGCUGAUCAAGUGCGCGAAGCUAACCAGGCUUUUACUCGGGCGCACACAGGAGAUACAUCAACCAAGGAGCGCGAAACCGCCCUGCAAGACCUGGAGAAUGGAUACCUGAAGUACAAGGAGAUCAUCUCUAAUCUGGAGGUGGGCCGUAAGUUCUAUAAUGACUUGGCUAAGAUUGUUAGUCGAUUCCGCGAUGAUGCGAAGGCAUAUGUGCAUCAGCGGCGAAUGGAGGCUAGCCAACUGGAAGCUACUAACUCGAUAGCAGCGAUAUCUCCAAUGUCACCGCUAUGUCAUCUCUACAUAUCUCCCAGCCUCAUUUACGUCAACCUGCACCUCAACCUACGCGCGGACAUCCCACCACGUACACCGCACCAGCACCUUCCCAGCCCCCCCUCCCAGCCACCUCCGCCAAUCCAUGCGCCGCGACCCUUAGAAACCGCGGCUCCACUCACAGCGCCCCAACCUGUCCGUGCCGCGGUGCCCCCUCCGCCGCCUGGACCUACACCGGGAAUGUGGUCUCCUGAUAUGGGUAUUCGAUUCAAUUCUGCCGGAGCGCCACCAGGCGCCACCACCCCAAAUGCAGGGACGGGGAUGACACCUGGGUCAGCUGUUCGGCAAACUGGCACAUGGGAUCCUAGCCAAGGUGUGCGAUUUUCCUAG